AUGGCUUCCCCUUGUCCAUUUUCUACAUACAAUUGGACUAAACAAAAGCCUUAUUCAUCUUCGUAUGGUGCGCCUAGAGUUCUAUGGCCACAUCCGGCCCAAAAUUUUUGUACGGGGUCUAGUUCUUCUAUGGGUUAUUGUCCUACGGAAAUUGAUCACACCAUGCACAAUCUUUCUUUAUCUUCUCCGGAUAAGCAAUAUUAUAUGGAUACCGGUGCGACAUCUUAUAUGUCACAUUCUCAAGUUUUUCCUUUUUUCCAAGACUCCAAACGUACUCCUCACGAGUAUGAUUUUUUGGAUGAUCCAAAUCCUUAUUUCUUUCUCCAUCAUUCUCAACCUAGCAGCAACAUCCCAUCAUGUAUCCCAAUCCCAUCUCCUACUGGGCCUCACCUCCCUAAUGGCCCAACAUCAUCCCCCCAUCAACAAACUCCUUCCUUCUCAUCUCAAAAUGUUGGGUUUAGCCCAGUUGACAGCCAGCCAGCCCUUAUCCCCCUUCCUAUUGGGCCUACAUCACACGGUGCAACACCACACCUUUUCAGCCCAUCCAUACCUUCAUCGUCUCCCCCUCUUCCAUCCCCUCCCGGCGUGGCUAAGCAUAGUAAGCAUGGAAUUUUUAAGCCCAAUCCAAAAUAUACAUCUCAAGCCCUUUCCAUUUCCUUUUCCUCUCUUCCCAAAAAUUCCAUACAUGCCCUCCGUGACCCGAACUAG